GCCCCCGCCGCCCGGUCCGGUGCGCGCUGCGGGGCCCUAGCGCCCCUGGCGGUCGGGCCAGAGAGGGCGUCGCGGAGGUCGGUGCUGCCCACGUGCGCGACCCUCGCGGCGGCCGGGGUGCCCCGGGCGGCGGCGGCCACUGACGCCCCGGCGGCGAGCAAGCGGACGGUGGGUCUGGACCCGCGCAGCCAAGUGCAGCCGCUAUUGGGCCGCACAAAGCGAACCCGGAGCUGUGAACGCCGAUUGGCUCAGGCUGGGCCGGAAGUGCCUUCCCAGCGGGCGGGACGGACGUCACUCACCCCCGGCGGCACCGCUCAUUGGGCCGGGGGCGUGGCCAGGCCCGGCGGGGAUUGGGCGCGGGCUCCCGGCGGCGGCGGAGCGCGGCCGUUCAAGGCCCAUGCCGGUUGCAUGGGGCGGCGGCGGCGCCCGGCGGAGCUGGCGGGCGCGGCGGGGGCUCUGCCCGAGGCCAUCGCCGCGCUGAGCCGCGCGCUGCCCGCCGGGCCCAGCCCCGAGACCUUCCGCCGCGCCAAGUUCGACCGUCCGGAGGCGGCGCCCGCACUAUGGCGGCUGCUCUUCCGUGUGCUCUCGCCGCCGCGGGCUGACGGCGCCUCCGCCUCGCGCGCCCUGGAGGCCCAGGCGCGCUGGGUGAAGGCGGCGCUGCUCACCCAGGGCUACCCCCGGCUCCGGCUGGCUCGGCUCCCGGACGACGGCUCCCAGGGCAGCCGUGAGCUGCUGCUGGCCCUCUCCUGGCUCCUGGCCCGAAAGCCCCUGCUGGAGCCGCUGCUGGCCCGGACCCGCGUGCGGCUGGGCGACGAGCUGCCUGCGUUUGAGUGUGGGGCCCUGGCCAGCCCCAGCCUGCCUGCCCCGCGGUUGGAAGCAGACGGCCCUGUGGAUGCCUGCCACCUGCAGUGGCUGAUGGGGAAGCUGCGAUUUCGGUGGCGAAACCUGAUGGCCAGUCAGCAGGAGCAGUGCGCGCUCCUGGGCAAGAUCCACAUGUACACCCGUGGCUGCCACAGCGACUGCCGCCUUGGCCACCUGUCUGUUGCUGAGACAGAGCUGCUCAGGGACCCGGAGGGCGGCCGGCAGCUGCUGCGGAGGCUGGAGAGCGAGAACGCCCGCCUGGGGGCCGCGCUGGAGUGGUGGCGGCGGGAGCUGGUCUUCUGGCAGUGGAUGGACACGGUGCUGGGGGCCUGCCCCCCGGAGGCCCCGCAGCCCGCGUGUCCGCCCGGUCUCGGAGGGCGCGGGCGCACGGCCGGUGCGUGGGACCCGGCGGUGUGGGAGCUGCAGGCGCUGCAGGAGGAGCUCCAGGCGGCAGUGGGCGCCCGGCGGGCGGCCUGGGCGGCCAGGGUCAGAGGCCAGGGGCCGGAGUGGAGCGCCGCACGGCAGGCUGCACAGGAGGCCACGAGGGAAGCCGUGGGCCGGGAGCUGGCCGCCCUGCGCCAGGCCUGGGAGCGAGGCGGGGGCCCCCAGCCCCACGGGCCCCUCCGGCUGGUGAGGACUGAGGCCGGGGCCCCGGGGGGCCCGGGCCUGCGGGCUGUCGAGGCGAUCGGGGCGCUGAAGAGCCGGGAGGCCUGCCUGGAGGCGGCGCUGCACCAGCUCCAGGCGCAGUGCCGGCAGCAGCUGGCCAGGCUGGCGGGAGCCCUGCCCGGCCUCCUCUGGAUCCCGCCGCCCGGACGCUGAGGCCUGGCCUCGGGCAGAGUCCACGGGGCGGCCGGCGGGUCCCGGAGGAGCAGCGCCCUGGGCUCCGGGCCCGGCCCCUCCCGCUUGGACGGGCUCAGCCCCUCAGCCACCAGGAGUGAGAGCGCCAUGGGCCCCCCUUGGGUCGGACACGGCGGGGCGUGGCCGUGGGCUCUGUGGGUGGAGCGAGGACACGGUACAUGCGGAGACCGCCCUGUGGGGCCGGCCAGCACCGUCCCUCUGCCGCCCUCCCAGGUCCCUGUCCGGGGCCCGGAGUGGGAGGGACCCGGACCCUGGGCAGCGGGGGCAGCGGAGCGGGUGUUGGAGUGACUGAUGGCCUGUGGCCCGGGUGGUGCCAGGCCCUGGGGACAGGCAUUGCCCUGGGCGCCUUCUGGCUGUCUGCUGUCCCUCAUCCCGGCUGCCCUGCCACCUGGGCCGGGCCUGGGCCUCGUGUCUGCGGGGGCGCAUGGGAGCUGGGGGGGCAGUGCCCGGUGAGGGGAAGGCCACCGUGGACAGAGCGGCUUUGUGCCCGAGGCUGCAGGCGGAGGGGCUGGGCCCUGACAAAGAGCCGUCUGUGUGCGGGGACGGGCCCGCUGCUGGAACCCCCUCCCAGGAGACCAGGCGCCUCAGCCUGGCCCCCCAGCGGGCCCCCACUUCCCACGGCAGUCUAAUCCAAAACCCCCACCUGCUGCAGCCACUGGCCAGCUCAGGGCCAAGGCCACUCCUAGGCCCCGGUUCUACACACACACACACACACACACACACACCCCGUCUCAUCAGCUUCUGCCUGGGGACGGGUGGGGCCUGGGGAGGGGGUGGGGUGAUGCUGGACCCACCACACAGGCACUCGCUCCUCAGCCCGGCCCUGGCCGGACCAGGUGGUGGCCAGCAGGGCCCUGCAGGAGCCCACCCGGCCUUGUCCUCGUGGGGCUGGACCCCAGGGAGCACCUGGGCCUGUGCCUACCCUCCUGGCCUGGACCCUCCCUCCUAUCCCUCAGCUUCCCCUUCCCCUCCCGCCCCUCUGCCCCCUGAUGUCCCAGCAUCACUGCUGGCUCAGGAUGGCCUUUGCACACUGCCCUGACCCUCCGUCCCACCCCUGCCGGUAUGAGGUCACUGCCCAGAGCCAUCCUGACCCAGAGCAAGGCUUUCUCACUGGAGACCCUGCCUCAUGGGGACGGCCAUCGGCCAGGACGGCCUAGGUUCCAGGGACCCAAACCCGAGUCACUGUGACACGCCUCACCUCUCAACCGACCUGGUUAAUACAUGCCAUCUGCGCACCCGAGUCUGUGGUUAAUACAUGCCAUCUGUGCACCUGAGUCUGUGGUUAAUACACGCCGUCUGCACACCUGAGUCUGGUUAAUACACACCAUCUGCACACCUGAGUCUGGUUAAUACACGCCGUCUGCACACC